GUCCAAAAGUCCAGUCUUGGUGGUGGAGUUAACACUAAACAGGCUAGAAGGUACCCAACUGAGGGCCCUAGGUCUGCUAUCUGUCUUCGGGUUCAACGUCACGUACGCAGUACGGGGUCCUAAAGACGCGCCAGGUCCGACCUCAUGCAGCGCUAUAGAAUGUCGCCUAUUGGGACAUUGUUAUGCCCGACACGAUUAUCAAGAGUUCUACUGCUCGUGUUUCGAUGAGUACUCCGGCAUGGACUGCGGCGUCGGCCCUCUUUGUCCUCGCACCUCCAACAUGUGCAAAAAUGGUGGCACGUGCAGAAGCGAACAAGAAGAACAAAAUAAUAAGAAGAAAACAAAACAAAACAACAACAAUAUAUAUCUUGACUGCAUGCAGUUGUGUCCAGCGAGCUAUCAUUGCUGAGUUCCAUCUAUUUGAUAACGCAAGCAGGAUGGUGUUGGAUCUGUCACGUACACAUGGAGUAAAGAAGCACAGCGCUUACGCAUGACCGCAGCGAAUCCGUGUCAUAUAAUCAUAUCCUUGUGAUAGAAUACGAUAGUUACAUGGUAAUACAGGAUCAUUUUGAUAUCGCGUUACUAAAUACAAACACAUACUUAUCUACUUGGAAAAUAACACUU